AUGCUGUACACUCUAGCAGGUGGGGGCACACUUUGUGGUGUGGCUGCCCUAGUGCUGCUGAUUGUCUCUACAUCGACCGAUUUUUGGAUGCAAUAUCGCUACUCUGGAAGUUCAGCCAAUCAAGGCCUCUGGAGGUUUUGCAUCAAUCACAAGUGCCAUGCUCACACUGUCACUGUUGCAUUCUGGGAUGCAACUCGAGCCUUCAUGCUGCUGUCUGUUCUGAGCUGCUUUGCUGGGGUGCUGCUGGGCCUCAGCGCCUUCGCCAAUGGAACCAGUAGACGAGUGAGGACUGGAGGAAUUGCACUGAUACUGUCUGGGUUCCUUGCACUGUUAGCUUUGUCCAUAUAUACAGGGGUCACUGUUAACUUUUUUGGCAAGCGGUUCCUUGACUGGCGCUUCUCCUGGUCCUACAUCUUGGCCUGGGUGGGCAUCAUCUUGGCCUUUGCUGCUGGGGUGUUCCAGAUGUGCGCUUAUCAGAAGAAUGCCACUGGGCCACCUACUCCCAACAUUGCAGAAAGCUAAACACACUCGCUUCCAAAUCACCACCACAUGACCCACAUCACAAACAGCUAAACAUCCUCAUCUCCACAUCACCAUCACACUACCCAACAUCACAGAAAGAUAAACACAUUCACCUCCAAAUUAACAUCACACAACCCAUCAUGACAGACAGCGAAACACACUCACCUCUAAAUCACUGCCACACCCACAUCUCAGGUAACUGGACACACUCACCUUCCAAUCACCCUGACAUAAAGUAUACUUCCCCAGAGUGUAGUCCAUAACCCAUAUUAAAUUUACCCUUUUUUG